AUGGCAGAUAAUAUGGAUAAUAUUAAAGAUGCUCCAGCUCCAUGGACUUUGAAUGGUCAAGUAGCUUAUCUAUUUGUUCAUGGAUCACGAUCAAUUCAAGAAGAAUUUAAUGAAAAUCCUGAUCCUAUUCGAAGUCCAUUUCGUGGUGGUAUGGGUGGAAUGGCGCUUAUACGUUAUACUAAUUCACCAGUAGGUCCUUAUGAUGAAUUAUUAUUUAUUCCUGGUUCUUAUCAAUUUGGUAAUACGACAUAUUAUCGUAUUUCACAAAUUUAUGUCUCAUCUAUGGAUUCAGUAAUUAAUGGACGACGUAAUUGGAGUGUACCAAAAAAAUUAGCUCGAUUUUGUUGGAAUGAUAAUAAUACUUAUGUAAAAAUUUUUUUGCCUGAAAAUAAUGAACCUUUUUGUACAAUUGGAGUUCGACCACGGCUUUAUUGUUUUCCCAUGAGUAGUAUAAUAAUACCAUCAAGUUUUCGAACACUUCUACAAUCACCUCUUGAUGAACAAAAUGAUAAAAAUAUCUAUUUAAAAAUAACACCAUCAUGUAGUGGAUGGUUUCGACCACUUGUUGAAUUAAUUGAAUUUCAUACUGAUGGAAAAGAAAUUCCAUCAGAUAAACAAUUAUCUAUGUAUACAUAUGGUGUUGGUUAUGAAGCAUUUACACUUAUAUUUCCUAAAGCUGAAGAAGUUUUAUAUUAA